AUGGCGAAGAAGGGUCCGCAUGCCUGGGACAUCAGGGCGGAGUUUCUGGCGUUGAGACAACAGAUCGACCGGUUGCAGGGACGGUCGGUUGAUGGCAUAAAGGAAGAGAUCCUCCUACUGGCUGCAAGGCCGUUAGCGGCCUUUGAUCAUCGUAGGGCAGUGGCGUUGUUGGAGACACUGGCGAACCAGGCUCGGGUGCAGGGCCACCCCAUGGCUGAGGAAUAUGAAAUUAUCCUACAAAGAACACAGCAAAGCUUCACUCCAGACAUCCACGAGUUCGAGAUGCGCUUUCCGAUGGACCCGUUCAGCGCCUACCAAGAAUACCUGAGGAGAAAAGUAGGAUGGAUUACAAGGAAGAGGGAUGGGAGAGUUGAGAUUCCGCCGGCAGUGAUAGAUGUUUCUAGGGAGUUUGUCUCAAGGUCAAUUGAAAGUAGAAUCACCUCUGGAGCAGUCACUAUUUGGGGGAGGGUCGGGUCAGUCCCACCGCCAUAUUUGGUCUUGCCGUUGACGGUAGAACCCUCUAAGCCACGGUUGUGCCCAAAUCUUAGGUAUUUGAAUCUUUGGAUGAAGGAGUGUCCGUUCCGUUUGGACUCGGUAAUGAAUCUGACUAAGUAUGUAGGGAGGGGACAUUUUCAGACCAAGUGCGAUGAUAAGAGCGGCUAUGACCAUGGGUACUUUAUUGGUCUAGGGAAGUGCCAGUUAGACCCUGUGCAAUGCCUCGAAUUCUUAGGGCUAGGAGCUGACUCUGUGCUUUUGGCAUUUCUUUUGCCUGAAAGAAAAAAGUGGUCUUUUGCAGAGUUAAGGGAAACAGUGUUGAGCAGAAAGAUGGUAAGCGUGACAACGAUACAGAAAUUAACGGGGAAACUUGUCUCUUUUGGUUUGGCUGUCCCAGCUGCGCGCUUGUACUGUAGGGAGAUGUUCAACGCGAUAAAACUCGCCUUGCGGAACGGGGAGAUGGUGCAGGUGAAAGGACCGGUCAGACAGGAGCUAGAGCAUUGGAGAUUCCUGGACAAGUGGGAAGGGCACUUACCUUGGAGAGUUGAGAAACAUGAGGUGAUCGAACUUUCCUCGGAUGCGUCAGGUUUCAAAUGGGCAGGUAUUGUUGCGACUAAGGAGGGCGCAAUGCAAUGUAGCGAUUAUUGGCGCCAAGAUGAGCAGGAAGGAAUCAUAGCGGUCAUUGAAGGAAACAGAGGCUUUGAGACAAGUUAUUUUGUCAGCGCAAGAGUUGGUCAGGAACAAAAGGGUGGAUGCCCGUGUAGAUAAUAAGAACCUGAUUUCUGCAUGGGAAAAACAGGGAGGGAAGAGCAUUGUGCUGGCCAGAGCAAUUGUAAAACUAUG